AUGGUCCUCCAAGAUCUCGGCCGCCGUAUCAAUACGGCGGUGACGAACCUCACGAGGGAGCAGAAUCUGGACGAAAAGGCCUUCGACUCGAUGCUCAAGGAGAUCUGCGCCGCCCUCCUCGAAUCCGACGUCAACGUCCGGCUCGUCGGUCAGCUGCGAAAGUCGAUCAAGGCGACCGUCAACUUCAAGGAACUCCCCCCGGCCGUCAACAAGAAGCGUUUGAUCCAAAAGGCCGUCUUCGACGAGCUCGUCAAGCUCGUCGACCCCCACGCCGAGCCCUUCAAGCCGAGAAAGGGCAGGCCCAACGUCAUCAUGUUCGUCGGCCUCCAGGGUGCCGGCAAGACGACGACGUGCACCAAGCUCGCCCGCCACUACCAGACCCGCGGCUUCCGGGCGUGCCUCGUCUGCGCCGACACCUUCCGCGCCGGCGCCUUCGACCAGCUCAAGCAGAACGCGACCAAGGCCAAGAUCCCCUACUACGGCUCGCUGACGGAGACGGACCCGGCCGUCGUCGCCCGGGCCGGCGUCAAGCAGUUCAAGAAGGACAAGUUCGACGUCAUCAUCGUCGACACGUCGGGUCGCCACCGGCAGGAGUCGGCCCUGUUCCAGGAGAUGGUGGACAUCCAGACGGCCAUCCGGCCCGACGAGACCAUCAUGGUGCUCGACGCCUCCAUCGGUCAGCAGGCCGAGUCCCAGGCCAAGGCCUUCAAGGAGGCGUCCGACUUUGGCGCCAUCAUCAUCACCAAGAUGGACGGCCACGCCAACGGCGGCGGCGCCAUCUCGGCCGUCGCCGCCACCCACACGCCCAUCCUCUUCAUCGGCACGGGCGAGCACAUGCUCGACCUCGAACGCUUCGCGCCCCAGCAGUUCGUCCAGAAGCUCCUCGGCAUGGGCGACAUGGCCGGGCUCGUCGAGCACGUCCAGAGCCUCAACCUUAACCAGAAGGACACGAUGAAGCACAUCCAGGAGGGCAUCUUCACCGUCCGCGACCUGCGGGACCAGCUGUCCAACAUCAUGAAGAUGGGGCCCCUCUCCAAGAUGGCCGGCAUGAUCCCCGGCAUGAGCAACAUGAUGCAGGGCAUGGACGACGAGGUCGGCGGCGCGAAGCUGAAGCGCAUGAUUUACAUCUGCGACUCCAUGACGGAGAAGGAGCUCGACUCGGACGGCAAGAUGCUCGUGCAGGAGCCGAGCAGGAUGACGAGGAUAGCGCGCGGGUCCGGCACGUCGGUGCGCGAGGUCGAGGACCUGCUGACGCAGCAGCGCAUGAUGGCCGGCAUGGCCAAGAAGAUGGGCGGCAACAUGAAGAACAUGCAGCGGGCCCAACAGGCCAUGAGCGGCGGCAACAAGGCCCAGCAGAUGGCGGCGAUGCAGAAGCGGAUGCAGAGCAUGGGCGGCGCCGGUGCCGCCGGCGGCAUGCCGGACAUGGGGUCCUUGAUGAAGAUGCUCGGAGGCGGAGGCGGCAUGCCGGGCGCCGGCGCCGGAGGGAUGCCCGACAUGUCUGCGUUGAUGAAGAUGAUGGGUGGCGGCGGGAUGCCAGGUGGCGGCGGCGGCGGCGGCGGAGGUGGGCGCGGCCGCAGGUAG